CGCAAGUUACCAAUAAAGCAAACUUUUAUGUUUGAUUUGAACACGUAAUAGAAGAACACAUAUGACUAUCGGCGACAUAUAAGAGAGGUGUUUUGCAAACAGACCAGCUUUAGUAUUUCCACUACUUAAUAAGAAACAGCUUCGGGGUUAGCCACGCGGAUGUUAGGGAAGUAGCAUUGUUUACAGGAAGUAGUAGCGUAGAGUAAAAGUGAAACGGAUGAGCACGUCGCUGGCUACAAGGCCAUAACUGAUACGUUAACGUGAGACCCACUUUUAAAUAGCUAUGUGUGGUUUUAGAGGAUAAAGUAACUUAUGACGUAUGUAAAUCCACAGAGUAGGAAUACCAGGUCUUUCCGGUUUUGUAACGCGUGCUUACUAGCCUAAACUUGUCCAGUUGACUUUUUAUUUCCAUGACACGCACUAUAUUUCGUUUAUUAUUAUUUAUCUAUGCUUCAUGUUGGAUGAAAGUGCAUCAUUUUGCGUUGCGACACCUGUUUGCGUGGAAGAAGUCCUGCUCUGAGACAUGAAUUUCCUCACUCUGUUUGCUAUCUACGUUGCGGUGGUGCUGAUGUGCAUGAUCCUAGUCUGCAGAUACUCCGGGCAUCAGGACAAUCCUUUUAACAUCCUCUUCAGCUGCAUAGCAAAGGUUUUUGCACCAGUUACCCCAAAGUGGCUCCAGCGGUUUUCUCAAUGGUCUAUGCACAGAUUGUUUCAUCAAAGGAACAACAUGUUCGUCUAUCUACACAUCCUGCUGGAGGCUGCUGUGUAUGGAGAGUUCACCUAUGAGAUUUUUGGCUUCUGCAGAGAGCUGGACACCAGUCUAACCAGCCUGUCUGUGCCUUACAUCCUGCUCGCCAUAAAGACUUUCUUCUUCUACCUUUGCAUCAAGAAAGAUCCAGGCACUGUGACAAAGAAGAAUGUGUCCAGCCAAUUGCACAUUUAUCCAUAUGACAAGAGGCUGUUUCACCCGGGCAUCUCUUGCCCAACCUGCCAGCUUAUCAAACCUGCGCGCUCCAAGCACUGCAGGGUGUGCAACAGGUGUGUUCAGCGUUUCGACCACCACUGCAUCUGGGUGAACAACUGCAUCGGUGCCCACAACACACGUUACUUCCUGCUCUACUUGCUCAGUCUUUGCGCCAUGGCAGGCGACAUUGCCCUCCUGACGACCGACAUGUUGCUCCAUGCCGUGUUGCGUACAGGGCUCCUGGGGGCCAGUUACAUGGAUGAGUACGGCCAGAGGCAUCCUGCCGGGCCUCUAUUUGUCGUACAGCAUCUGUUCUUGACGUUCCCACGAAUCGUCUUCAUGCUGGGCUUUCUGGUCUUUGUUUUCUUCCUGCUCGCCGGUUAUGCCCUGUUUCAUUUCUUCUUGGCUCUCGUCAAUCAAACCUCCAACGAGUGGUUCAAAAAUCAAGGUUACACUUGUCAGCACUGCCACCCAAGUUUGACAGCCAACCACCUCUGCAGCACGCCGCCGUCCCACUCUAGAAGAUUCUACUACAGCAGAGGCUUACUCCAAAAUUUGGGGGAGAUUUUUUUUCCUCGCCAACCUGUUUGGAAAAAGGACACUUAGUAGACUCUCCGUCAGGUUGCAUUCCCAAUUAAUGACUACUACUGAGAUAAUAAACAUGAUUUCAAUCAUGUUUUGACCUUCCUGUUGCAGUGUUAUACUGCUGAAUGUAGUCAGGCCAUUUAUUGUUUACUUUUCAGGUCAGGUUUUCUCAUUUGGGUGGGGUAUUUCCAUGUAAAACAUUAGUGCACGUACAUUUUUUUCAAACAAUUAAAUUGCUCUCU